CUUUUCUGGUUUUCCCCUGGGAUGGUCCGCGGCAUCCAUCCAGAAUGCGCUCUCGUUCUUCAGGUCCUGGAACAAGAGGCGGAAUGUUUCGAUAAGAUAAUAAAAGAGAAUCACACAUUAAUUAAUUCACCAAAUGAAGGGUGCCCCACAGAAUGGGAUGGUGUCAACUGCUGGAAUGCAGCCGCGGUAGGACAGAUGGUGACUGUACACUGUCCAGAGAGUCUUCAGAUGUUUCUUAAGUCAGAAGUUGCCAUCAGCAGGAACUGCACUAAUAAUGGUUGGAGCCCUCACUCUUCUUCAUACCUGAAGGCCUGCUUCUUUAACAGCAGUAUUGAGACUGAUGACAAGAGAGGACAUUUCUACACAGUGAAGAUCCUGUACACAUGUGGCUAUGCUGCUUCCCUGCUGGCGCUGGUGAGUGCUAUCAGCAUCUUCUCCCUCUUUAGGAAACUGCACUGUCCAAGAAAUUUCAUACAUAUGAACCUAUUUGUGUCCUUUAUUAUACGUGGUGCAGCAGUAUUUGUCAAGGAUGCCAUUCUCUUCGCUGAUGAGGAUGUUGAUCAUUGCACCAUGUCUACGGUGAGCUGUAAGGUGGCCAUGGCAUUUUUCCAAUACUCCAUCUUAGCUAAUUUCUCCUGGCUGCUGGUGGAGGGGAUGUAUCUGCACACUCUACUCACCCUCACCUUUACCUCUCAGAGAAGAUAUUUUUGGUGGUACAUUGUCAUUGGCUGGGGUCUCCCAGCUCUUACAAUCGCAGUGUGGAUCAAAACCAGAAUCAGCUUUGAUGAUACGGGAUGCUGGGAUGAUUAUGAAAACAGUUACUGGUGGAUAAUCAAGGCUCCCAUUCUGAUUGCCAUAUUUAUCAAUUUCAUCAUAUUCCUCAAUGUGAUCAGAAUCCUCAUGCAGAAAAUCAGAUCUCCUGACAUCAGCAAAACCUACAAGCAACAGUACAUGUGAGUAACUUUAAGA